UCUGUAGAGGCGCCUUUGAUGCUCUAAGAGGUUUGUCCGCUGCUCGGCGCCGACUCAUAACAGUCUUCACCGUCUCAGUUCGGCCUCAAGGGUCCAGUUUACUCUUCAUACCAACGGAAUAACAUCAGGAAGGUUUAGUGAGUGGAACUCGCCGAGGAUAAACUGCCCUUGAUGUGACGGCGCCGUGGCGGAGUUGCCCUCUCUACCUCCGAUCGCCCUCCGUGCCUCGCCGCAUGACGUCCGAUGACCGCUGACCCUCGGAGGGGAAACCCUGUCCUCACCCUGCAUCCCCCACUUCCUGUGAACUCCUGAGAUUUCCCCACCCCCCACCGCCUGACACCUCCACCUGUUCCUGUGGAGGUGUGGAGGACCAGAGAAUAAAUCCCCCCUUUUCAAAUUUCUCCUGGUUGGUUUGAGUCCGGUUCUGCCGGCCACGAGAGUUUUCAAAGCUGGGGCGCGAUUCCUGGGAUGCAACCAUGUCGGGUCUGAGUGAGCGCAGGCCGGUCAACACGGACUACGCCGUCUCGCUGCUGGAGCAGCUCAAGUUCUUCUAUGAGCAGAAGCUGCUGACGGAUGUGGUGUUGCUGGUGGAGGACGCUGAGUUCCCGUGUCACAAGAUGGUCCUGGCCACAUGUAGCUCCUAUUUCAGAGCGAUGUUCAUGAGCGGCCUCAGUGAGAGCAAGCAGACCCACGUCCACCUGAGGAACGUGGACCCCGCCACGCUGAAGAUCAUCAUCGCCUACGCCUACACGGGCCACCUGGCCAUCAGCGACAGCACGGUGGAGCCGCUCUACGAGACCGCUUGCUUCCUACAGGUGGAAGACGUCUUGCUGCAGUGCAGAGACUACCUGGUGAAGAAGAUCAACGCUGAGAACUGCGUCCGCAUGCUGAGCAUCGGCGACCUCUUCAGCUGCAGCGAGCUAAAGCAGAGCGCCAAGCGCAUGGUGGAGCACAAGUUCCCCAGAGUUUACCGACAGGAGGCCUUCCUGCAGCUCUCCCAUGAGCUGCUCAUCGACAUCCUGAGCAGCGACAACCUCAACGUGGAGAAGGAGGAGACGGUGCGCGAGGCGGCCAUGUUGUGGUUAGAGUUCAACAUGGAGGCACGCUCACAGCACCUGUCCUCUGUGCUGAGCCAGAUCCGCAUCGACGCGCUGUCGGAGGUGACCCAGCGCGCCUGGUUCCAGGGUCUGCCGCCCAACGAUAAGUCGGUGGUGGUGCAGGGCCUCUACAAGUCCAUGCCCAAGUUCUUCAAGCCUCGCCUGGGCAUGACCAAGGAGGAGAUGCUGAUCUUCAUGGAGGCCAUGUCGGAGACGCAAGGCGAGAGCUACGUCACGUCGACGUCGCCGCCUACGACGAUAGUGUGCUACAGCCCGCAGGCGGAGAAGGUGUACAAGCUGUGUAACCCGCCGGGAGACCUGCAGAAGGUCGGGACCCUUGUUACCCCCGACAACGACGUCUACAUCGCCGGCGGUCAGAUUCCCCUCAAAAACUCAAUAGCCAACCAUGGCAGGAGCGGGAAGCUGCAGGCCGUGUUCCGCUCGGUCGACAGCUUCUUCUGGUUCGAUGCGCAGCAGAACGCCUGGGUGCCGAAGACCCCCAUGCUGUGCGCCCGCAUCAAGCCGUCGCUGGUCUACUGCGACGGCUACAUCUAUGCAAUCGGCGGCGACAACGUGGGCGGGGAGCUGAACAAGCGCACGGUGGAACGCUACGACCGCGAGAAGGACGAGUGGACUAUGAUGAGCCCGCUGCCCUUCGCCUGGAACUGGAGCACCUCGGUGGUGGCACACGACUGCAUCUACGUGAUGACGCACGACCUGAUGUACUGCUACUUCCCCCGCGCCGACGCCUGGGUGGAGAUGGCCAUGCGCAAAACCAGCCGCUGCUUCGCCUCUGCCGCCGCCUUCGGCGACCUCAUCUUUUACAUCGGCGGCCUCCACGUGGUCAGCAACUCCGGCAUCCGCAUGCCGACCAGCACCAUCGACGGCUCCUCUGUCACCGUGGAGAUCUACGACGUCAACAAGAACGAGUGGCGCCUGGCCGCCAACAUCCCGGCCAAGCGCUACUCUGACCCGUGCGUGCGCGCUGUGGUGCUGCUCAACUCGCUCUGCAUCUUCAUGAGGGAGACCCACAUGAACGAGCGCGCCAAGUACGCCAUCUACCAGUACGAUGCGGAGGAGGACCGCUGGUUCCGGCGGCAGCCUGUGUCCGAACGCGUCCUCUGGGAUCUGGGGAAGGACUUCCGCUGCGCCGUCGGGAAACUUUACCCUUCCUGCUUGGAGGAGUCUCCGUGGAAACCGCCGACGUACCUCUUCUCCCCUGACGGCGGUGAGGAGUUCGAGGUGGACGGAGAGCUGGUGACCCUCCCCCACGUAUAGCUUCUACUUCCCCCCCUCCAUGACACAGCAGAGGAACAUUGAGGAAGGGGGGGGGCUGUAGCGUUAGCGUGAAAUGUGCGGAGGGUCCGCCGGACUCGAUUCCCCUCGAAUAUAAACCCAUCCUCCUUUUGGUUCUGGUUUAUUUUGCCAGUGGUGACAUCUGUUAGAUAUUAUGUCGGUCAUACUGUUUCUACAAUGUGAUAAUCUCAAACUAAUUUUGUGACGAUGAUGAUGCACUUAACUGGUAAACCUUCUGGUUAACGGAAACUGUACCAAAAUCUCUCCUCUCUGCUAAAGAAAUACUCCACAGAAAAUCAAAGAUCACUGCAACUGGAUGUUGAAUUUUAAGGUAUUUCAGCGUCUUCUUGUUCGAAGACUUGAGUUUUUAUAAAUAUUUAUGCAGCUUUAAUAAAAUAAAGUUCAGAAAAUGAUAAAAGUGAAGCAGCUGCGCUCAAAGGGAAUAAACUGGGUGGUAUCUCAGCUAUGGCCUGGAUCUUGUCCUCGUGUUGCCUUCUCAUUUGUUUAAUUUUUCCCCCUAAGAACUGGAACACAUAAAGAAGGAAAAUGUGCUGCAGAGUUUUCUAUAAACACAGUUUAUGAUCCAUCCUUAAAGGAAGGAAUUAACAGAUAUUCCCCAUUUAUGCAUCAAACCUCCGGCUUUCGUUUCACACGUCUACCUUUUCAUUUCAGUUAUUCCCUUUUUUGUAAUUCAUUUUUUAAACAUUAAAUAAAGAUGGAAACUUUAUUCAUACCCAGAAGGAAGCUGAAAAAAAAAACUGCUUUUAUGAAAUAUUGGAUAGACUUUAACUGCCUUCCACAUUUUGUAUUAUAAAGUAGCUGGGCUGAUUAAAGUUGGUUUCUUUAACCCAGUUUUUUAGCCUCUGGUGGAUUUAAACACCUAAAAUAUCCCAACAAAAUACGGUUAACAAUGUUUAGAAAAGUCACCAGAAUACUCCAAUCUGAUGUGAAAUUAAAUGUAAUUUAGCUUAUGCUUUUAAUUGGUUUCAUUUUGGUGACGUCAUUUUGAUCCCUUUGGCUAACAUUAGCUUAAGCUAACCAGUAAACCGUCGUGUUCUUGUUUGUUGUUGGGUCAUUUGACAUGCAAAAAAUGGAACAAACUUCGAUUUUAAAAUGACUUUAAACCGUCAGCUUUCCAUAUAGCGGUGAACUGAACCGAAGUCGAAACAAAAUGGCUGAAUUUAGUCAUGAUAAAUGUUGAAGGAACAACCAAUCAGAAAUCUGUCUCCAUUUAUACUUCCGCCUUCAACCAUUGCAUAUUAGUUUAUAUAUGAGGGCUUUUUUAUUAAUUCAUAAACGUGCUCAAAUCCCAAAAUUUAAUUCAUUCACUUAUUUUGGUUUGGAAUUAUGUUCAAACCAUAUUGACAGCACAUAUGUAAGCCUGCCUGAAUUAGCUAAAACAAGCUAAUUACUAUUGCUACAUUAUUACUGGAGUAAUAAAACCACAUUUCCCGACAGCAGGCUAACAAACUCGGUCGUUAUAAAUCAUCCCUUUUGUUUUUGGCCGUAAACUGCACAGAAUAACAAGAAUUUGUAAAGAAAAUGUAUUUAGAAAACUCACUUUUUUUCUUAGAAGCGUCCCACAAUGUUUGAACUUUGAUUUUUAGCGGAGUAUUCCUUUUAAAAAAUAAAUAAAAAUGGGAUCAUGCAUUUCCUUAAAAGGCCUCGCAGACGAGCGGGUCGUUUCCGGAGGACCGAGCGGAAACAGCGAGCGGCAGGCGGAAGCAGUUUGCUUCAAGACGGGGUGGCUGCAGGUCCAGCCACUCGUAGCCCCGCCUCCGCCGCUUGAGGCUCCGCCCUCUUCCUCCAACUGACCCCGCCCCUCAUUACGUCACGUCUGCUGCACACAGGUCUUCCACACAACCAGCAGUUCACACCUCAGUCUGUCUGUUUCUUUCAAUGCAACAAACAAAACUCCACUCGCAGUGAAAAAACAAACAGGUUCUGGGCUCAUGCAUUUUUUUUUAUUUCUAAGCUGCUGAAUUAUAUAAAUAUAUAAAAACUAUAUUUUUCAUAUGUUUAAAACAGCUGUUUCAGUGUGGAAGGGAUGGGUCGGCGUAACCAGGUCUAUUUUGUAUUAGUGUCUUUCUUUUUUAUUAUUAUUUAAUACCCGACAUUACUGUAGUGUGAUUGUAGAUCUUCAUCUUCUUAUCCGAUUACAUUUUUUCUGGAUGAGUACUGAGAAAUCUUGCUGCUGAUUGGCUGAGAGAGGAGAGAGCUCGAUAAAAUGGUGGGUGGGGGUCUUCCUUCUAAAACAUCUUUAAAACAUGAGCACAGGUGCUUCAUGACAAACCUUACUAGCAUGUUUGGCUGCAUCAUUUUUCCUUUGGCACUGUAUUUUGGAUGAACGUUAAUUUAUUAAAAAAUAUACCAAAAACGUUCUGCAAA